UAUCCAUGUCUGGACAGAUUGGUCUCCAGUAGGAUCCUCUCCAUCGUCAUGCAGUAAUUAGAUGUCUGCGUCAGGUAGCCCGCAGGCUCAGGUUGCUUCAUAUGCGUGCGGCAUCUGUGUGUCGGUCAUCGGCUCCGGACAAUCUGCUUUCAGCCUGGAGAAGCUUGUUAUGGCGCCUCUCCGAAAGGUCGCAUCAUCGACGAGGCUCGUCUUCUAAUAGGGGCCCGGACACAUCUCACAAUCGUAACAAAUGGAAGCCAGUGUCAAUAGCAUGUAUCUCUGACACGCAUGGUUCAUGGCACGCCGUUCCAGACGCCGACAUUCUGAUCCACGCAGGCGACCUGACAACCCGUGGUGAUCUCCCUGCCAUGAGAAAAUCCAUCGAAUGGUUAGACAGCCUACCUCAUCCACACAAAGUGAUCAUAGCCGGAAACCACGACUCCUGUCUGGACCAGAACAGCCAAUACUACAACAGGGCCAUCGCCCACACGAUCCGACGGAAAUUCACGUACCUCCAGAACACAUCGACGGUCAUCACAACCAGCUCUGGACGCUCGAUCCGGAUUUACGGCUCCCCCUUCACGCCAGCUACUCGUAGUUUGAGCAUACCCCGGCUGUCCUGUGCAUUUAGAUAUAAGCGCAAACGUGACGUCUGGCGAGGUAUAGUUCCCCAGGACACCGACAUCCUCGUCACACACGGGCCACCUCACGGCUUCCUCGAUAAUCUGCGCGGCUGCAAGCAUCUCACGCGAGAGCUAUACCGGGUAUCCCCCCGAUUGCACGUUUUUGGGCAUUACCAUGACGGCAAUGGUAUGCUGGCGCUGGACUCCUGGUCAGUGGAGAAAGUAGUCAGAAGGGUGUUGGAGAUGGAUCCAGCCCCGGAACACAAAGUUCUCAGCACACUCAAAUCUCUUUUCCAAGUCAUGUAUUCGUUCCUGCGCAUGGUUCGGGGGAGUAGAGCGGGGAACAGCAUGCUGCUCGUCAAUGCGGCUGUGGGCCCUGGAUCAAUCGUGCCGUCGACCUCUGAGCUCUUGCAGUUGCAUCUGGCUGAACGACAGGAGGCCGACGUAUCUGCUAAGGGUGGGGAUAAACCGUUAUACGGGAGUGCCAUUCUAGUGACUAUAUAGUCAUGACCUCGACUUCUAUAUGUAUUGUAUCGCCGACAGCCCAAGCAUUGGAAGACGGAAUAGGUGGGUGGAAAAUAUAGACACUUGGCAAAUACAGGCACAAUCUUGUAUAUCAUAUCACCUUCAAGCGACUCGCUCCUCAUGGUAUAUGAGAAUCUACCCGAUAAACAAACUUUUCUACUAGCGAUUCAUCAGGAGCAUAUCAUGCACUGGUUUGUAUCCCGACAGUUUUCAUCUCGCGCCGUAUAUAGGCAUACUUGUAUCGAAGUUGUCCUUUUAGCUCCUUACGAUUUCCAAGCUCAGUCCUUAUGAAUCUUGCAAAUCUAGGUGUUAUUGAUAGUGG